AGUCCUGAUUUUUUCCUACACCAGAGACAUGGUUACCCUGGGAGUGAUAGCAGGCUUAUUUUUUGUGGGAGCCUUUAUACUUCAACAGGGAAUAUUCGGGACAAUCAUUAAUUCUGAUGUACUAUCCGAAGGGACUUGUCAGUCGAAGGAAUUGGGAAUUUCAAUUACGUUGGAAUGCGACAUUAAAAACAUCGUAUUCAACAUACUUUCAUAUAAUUUAGCAACCUGCCAGUAUAUUAAUAAUUACACGUUAUAUUGUCACACCGAGGAUCCAGUGAAAUAUUUCCACAACAAAAGUGGGAUUCUAACCAUAACAACUCCAUUUAACCACACUGUCCAUGCAGGAAAAACGUUGUGGGUGAAUACGACCUGUGUCAACAGCAGCGAUGUCCAGGACAAUAUUAUUCUCAAGCCUUGUCUUUCCGAGUUUCAAACAAUGGCGUACCAUAACAACACACACGUUGGCAUUUCCUGUGAGCAUGCGUCCUACAGGUAUUCCAACACAGGUAUCCGCCUAGCUGUUGACAACGGCAACGAUUUGGCACACUGCAGCUGGAACGGAACGAACAAGUGUCAUGGGGAUGCUGAAGCUCUGAACAAUGGGUUGAGGUAUACUGCUCUGUAUACCAAGGGGAUGAAUUUUACCUGCAAAUUCGACGGUCAGUCAGUGAAUUUUGUUCCUCAACUACUAUCAACAAUAAACACAACACCUUCCUCCGCCAGACCAACAUCGAGUACACCUUCAUCACAGAGCCAAGAGAACGGAUCCACGGCCAAAGAUAACGGACAAACGAAAGUGACCAGCUCCUCUUUGAUGAUCUUUAUUUUGUGUAUCUUGUAUUUUCUUCAAAGAGAUGUAUUCAUUUGAAAAUUGACCGAUCACAAAGAUGGAAUUUUAUACAUCCCUCGUGAUGUAUA